UCUCUCUUCUUCUAGGGCGAAGCCAAGAUCACACAAAGCCUCCAUUUUUUUCCCCCUUGGAUCUCUUGGUUUCGAUCUCCAUUAAGCCUCCGCUCUCUGAAUCUGCGAGUUCUCCACUCCAGAAUCCAUCGGGCAAUCCUUGCUGCUGAUUGGCGGCCAUUGCUUGGCCGGAUCGUUGAUGCUUGCGCAGUCGAAGGUCGAUCCCGUAGAGGUUUCAGUUGGACAAUGAACGGAAUGGAUGAGGACGGUGCCGGAACGUCGCAGGCUCCAUCGCCACCGCCUCCGCUCGAGUGGAAGUUCUCCCAAGUUUUUGGCGAGAGGACGGCCGGAGAGGAAGUACAAGAAGUUGACAUUAUUUCUGCUAUAGAAUUUGAUAAAUCUGGUGACCACCUAGCCACUGGCGACAGAGGAGGACGUGUUGUUUUAUUCGAACGGACGGACGUGCGGGAUUUUGGCCAUCGAAGAGAUUUGGAGAGAUCGGAUAAUUCGGCCAUCAGGCACCCUGAGUUCCGCUACAAGACAGAGUUUCAAAGCCAUGAACCAGAGUUUGACUAUCUUAAAAGUUUGGAAAUAGAGGAGAAGAUAAAUAAGAUUCGAUGGUGCCAGGCCCCAAAUGGUGCCCUCUUUCUUCUUUCAACUAACGACAAAACGAUCAAAUAUUGGAAGGUGCAGGAAAAGAAAGUGAAAAGAAUUUCAGAGAUGAAUUUGGAUUCUUCACUAACUGUUAGCAUGCCUAGUUCAAGCGCAUCUAGUCCUAGCACCUAUCUUCCAAAUGGUGGAUGCUUAGAAAGACCCCACCCUUCUCUGAGCAAUGACUUCAGUUUUCCUCCUGGAGGAUUCCCAUCACUACGCUUGCCUAUGGUAGUUGCAAGCCAAGAGACCAGCCUUGUUGCUAGAUGUCGAAGGGUGUAUGCUCAUGCCCAUGAUUAUCACAUCAAUUCAAUUUCUACUAACAGUGAUGGUGAGACUUUCAUAUCAGCUGAUGAUUUGCGUGUAAACCUUUGGAAUUUGGAAAUUAGCAACCAGAGUUUUAAUAUUGUUGAUGUCAAGCCUACAAAUAUGGAGGAUCUAACUGAGGUCAUAACAUCAGCGGAGUUCCACCCUACGCAUUGUAACAUGUUAGCAUAUAGUAGCUCAAAAGGCUUCAUCCGGCUCAUUGAUUUACGACAAUCAGCUUUAUGUGAUAGUCAUUCCCAAUUGUUUGAGGAGCGGGAAGUGCCAGGCUCAAGAUCCUUCUUCACAGAGAUUAUUGCCUCGAUUUCAGAUAUCAAAUUUGCAAAGAAUGGAAGGCACAUCCUUAGUCGUGAUUACAUGACUCUUAAGUUAUGGGAUAUAAGCAUGAACUCCGGUCCAGUUGCAACAUUCCAAGUCCAUGAAUUUUUAAGACCUAAGCUGUGUGAUUUAUAUGAGAAUGACUCAAUCUUUGAUAAAUUCGAAUGCUGUUUGAGUGGAGAUGGAUUACGAGUUGCUACAGGUUCUUAUAGCAAUCUGUUUCGUGUAUUUGGCUGUGUUCCCGGAAGCAAUGAAGCAACAACCUUGGAAGCAAGUAAAAAUCCAAUGAGGAGGCAAGUGCAAAAUCCUACAAGACCGGCAAGAUCUCUCAGCAGCUUAACACGGGUUGUCCGAAGAGGAGCAGAAAACACCGAUGCAAAUGGAAAUAACUAUGAUUUCUCAACAAAGCUGCUACAUUUGGCAUGGCACCCAAGUGAGAACUCCAUUGCUUGUGCUGCAGCAAACAGCCUGUACAUGUACUACGCUUAAGCAUUUACCGGGAAAGAAGUUUAAACUGUUCACUUAUCAAGCAAUUCUUCCCGUUUACUUGUACCUGAGACCGUUUGCUUUUUCGAGCAAUGCAAUGAGAAAUUCAAUGGAGAAUGAAUGUCUCCAAAUCGUCACACCAGCCAGAAUACACUGUCGAAAUCCAAGAGGAAGUUUAACUGUCCAUAGUUCCCUGGGGUGACAACAUGAUCUCUGAUUCUUUCCUGAAAAGAUCGUCGAGUUUUCCUUUUUUUUUUUUUAAUUUAUUUUGGUGUUAUGUUUUGGUUGUUAGAUUUCAGGAUGCAAUUAUUACCCUCAUGCAACCAAAACCAGAGGUUGUGGUAGUGGUUUGUGAUCAGAGAUCUGAAAUUUGGGCUGUACUUAACCUCCCACUUAGCAGUAAACGGCGCUUGUGUUGUCCAAGUGUAGAGAUUAUCAAAAUUCUCAUUAUUGUUAUUAUUCUCAUUCCUCUA